GUUUAUAAACUUCAUUUCAUAUAUUAUCAAAGAAUAUGGGAAUGGGGCUAAGGGCUCUUCCCUUAUCACCAGCUUAUUCGUAUUCGUAUUCGACUUCUAACUUCACUUUGUCAAAGCAGAAACUUAACACAAACAAUUCUAGUUACAAAUUUAUAAUAUCAGCAAAAACCGAAAAAGGCAACAAAGAUAAUGAAGACGAAAAACCGAAACCUAGAAAGCAAAAUCUGUUUGAAAGUGUUACAGAAGCUCUAGAUUUUGCUCAAGUUAGAUCAGCUGAAGAUGCACAACUCAUUGAAGAUGCCAGGUCCGCAACUAAGUCCGGAGAAAAGAUGAAUAGAGAACAGUAUGGCGCUCUUCGGAGGAAGAUCGGAGGAACAUACAAAGACUUCUUCAAAUCCUACGUUGAAGUUGAUGGGGAAUAUGUGGAAGAUGGAUGGGUUGACAAAACAUGUAAAGUGUGCAAGAAAGACACAAGAGGUGAGCCAAGACAAGUGGACAAGCUUGGAAGAUAUGUUCAUAUAGCGUGUGUAGACAAGCCUAAAUCCGGCAAUUUUUUUACCAAGCUUUUUUCCGGUUAAAAUUUAAGUAUAUAAACAUUCGCUAUAUACAAUUAUUUUCUCGCUUGGACACAUCAAA